GUUUUUAUGAAGAGAGAGGAGGAGGAGGAAGAAAAGGGACUAUUUUGGUGGUGGAGAGGGAAGGAGGAAGAAGAAGAAGAACGCGGUGGCAGCCAUGGUGAUUUUCGAGGGUGGAGUGAGGAGGGGAAAGGAGGGGGAAAAAUGAAAUUAGCGAAAUAG